CGUUAGACAUUAAAAUACUCCUAAUAAAUGCUAAACCAACCAGAGGUUUCAGCAGCAGCAGCAGCAGCAGCUAUCCAUCCAUGAUCCAUGGCGAUCACCACUUCAAUCUAUCUCCUACUCCUUAUCACAACCUCCGCCGCCUCUCCUCUCUCCUUCAACCUCUCCGCCAUCACGACUGAUCAGACCAACCGCGAGAUCAUGAUUCAAGGCGACGCCUACAUAACCACGGGAGGACUCCAGGUCACCAACAACGAGAAGAGCAGCGACGGCACCCAACUCACCGGCCGCGCCAUCUACACUGAACCCCUGCACCUAUGGGACAACGCCACCGGCAACUUGACCGACUUCAACACCCACUUCUCCUUCGUCAUCCAGGCCACCGGCUGCGCCGCCGACGGGCUCGCGUUUUUCCUGGCUCCGGUCAAUUCCACGAUUCCGGCGAACUCCUCCGGCGCCGGCCUCGGCCUCGCCCCAUGGUCAGCCGCACCUGGUCCUCUAAUAGUCUCCGAAGGCCCAUUCGUGGCGGUCGAAUUCGACACAUACUCUAAUUCUGAGUUCGACGACCCGCAAGGCCAGCACGUGGGGAUCGACUUGAGGUCUCUGAACUCCACCGUGUAUGCACCGUGGACAAACAAUCUAACGGCGGGCAAUACCACUGAGGCUUGGAUUAGUUAUAAUUCUUCAAACAAGAAAUUUCUAGUGAAUUUUACUUAUUUUGAACAAUUUUCAACGCCUUAUAACUCGAGUAUUGAAUACACUAUAGAUCUCCGGACUAUUCUACCGGAGUUUGUCGAAAUCGGGUUCUCUGCAGCGACUGGAGGCUGCUUCCAGACAAACAAUGUCAAGUCAUGGAGUUUCAGUUCCACUCUGGAUCUGAAAAUCGAAGAUACGCCGUCUAAUGUCACCGGCCCUGACCCCGAGGACACGCGUCCGCCAUCUAAUGAAACCGGCCCUGCCCCCGAACCGGCGGGAAAAACGGUCAGGUUGAUUGCGGGUUUAUCUACGGCGGCAGCGGUUGGGCUGGUUUUGGUGGGAUACUGGCUAUGGAGAUGGAAAAGAGGGAGAAAUGGGGGCGACGAGGAGGAGGAGGAGGACGGGGAUCUUUCGGCUAUGGAGAUGGAUUUUCAAAAGGGAAGUGGGCCUAGAAGAUUCUCCUACGGAGAACUUGCGGCCGCCACGGGUAAUUUUGCGGAGGAAAACAAGCUAGGUGAGGGCGGAUUUGGUGGAGUCUUCCGAGGCUUCUUGAAGAAUCUGGACUCACCACAUGUUGCGGUGAAGCGGGUUUCCAAGAACUCGAAGCAAGGAGCAAAGGAGUACGUGUCGGAAGUGAAAAUCAUCAGCCGGCUACGCCACAGGAACCUCGUACAACUCAUAGGUUGGUGCCACGAGAAGCGUGAGCUCCUUCUGGUGUAUGAACUCCAACCAAACGGCAGCUUAGACUGUCACCUCUUCAACAGAAAAAAUCCCCCACUUAACUGGGAGACGCGGUUCAAGAUUGCCCGGGGGCUUGCAGCGGCGCUGCUGUACCUACACGAGGAGUGGGAGCAGUGCGUGGUCCACCGAGACAUCAAGUCGAGCAACGUCAUGCUCGACUUGGCCUUUAAUGCUAAACUAGGCGACUUCGGGCUGGCCAGGCUCAUUGACCACGACAAGGGGUCGCAGACGACGAUCCUGGCAGGCACGAUGGGCUACAUGGCGCCCGAGUGCAUGAUGACGGGAAGGGCGAGCAAGGAGUCGGAUGUGUACAGUUUCGGGAUAGUGGCGCUGGAGAUUUCGACGGGGAGGCGACCGAUAAGGGGGCAGGUGAGGACGGUGGAGUGGAUGUGGGAGUUGUACGGGGCGGGGCGGGAGUUGGAGGCGGCGGAUGGGAGUUUGGAGCGGUGUGGAGGGUAUGAUGAGAGGGAGAUGGAGAGGUUGAUGGUGGUGGGGCUGUGGUGCGUGCAUCCGGAUGACAGGCUUCGACCGUCGAUGAAGGAGGUGGUGCGGGUUCUAGGGUUCGAAGGGGAGGCGCCGCCUCAAUUGCCGCCCAAAAUGCCGGUACCUACCUAUGGUGCUCCGCCGCCGCCAUCUAGUGUUGCGUCUUUGAUUUAUGCAUCGGAUGCGACUUAUUCGUCUUCGGGUAAUAGUUAUGGCUCUACCGCCACUUCUUCAUCUGGUGCUUCUGCUUCUGCGGCGCUAUUGCAUUCGAGAUGAGGUGAUGAUACGAUCGUGAGUCCAUCGGUUAAAGGGGUGCGGUCUUGUGUAAGGAGACUCUCAGUUCGUUAGGAGAUUAUGAGUUUUGAUUAUUUCGCACUUGGGACUUUUUGGUCCUAAACCUAAACACUAAAUCAUUUAUUUUGUUUAUUCUUUGAGAUGUAAAAUAAUGUCAUAUGCACGUACUCACAUUAUAAUAGGUAUUUUGAUUUAACACUACAUAUAAUCGAAUGAUA